CCUUUUUUAAAAGGGGUAGGUGGAGUUUUCUCCUCUCUCCUGUCCCCAGACCUGAGUUUGGGUCACAGCGGUUGGGUGUUGCUGCCCUGGUCUCCCUGCCGGUAACCCCAACGAUCCUGGCCCCCUUCUCCAGAACUAACCCGCAACUUUUACGCUUUUAAGUUUUGAACGCAGGAGUCCUGAUGAUGGAUCAGCAGAAGUAUCGCACUGCAGGCGUCCAGGAGAAGCUGGAGAUCGCUGGAGUGGAGGAUGAGGCCGGGAACCCCAUCAGCGCCCUGACUAUCCUGUCUUUGCUGGAGCGCGUGGCCAGCAUCAUCGACAAUGUCCAGUCCUGCCAGCAGCGCAUGGAGGAGCGUCAGCAGGAGCUGGAGAACAACAUCAAGACCAUCCAGGGGGACGUCCUGAAGCUGGCAAAAGACCACACCGACACCAGCGGCACCGUGGAGAAGCUCCUGCAGAAAACCCGUAAAGUCAGCGCCAAUGUCAAGGAGGUCCGGACACGCGUCGAGAAGCAAAACGUCCGAGUCAAGAAGGUGGAGUCCACGCAGGAUGAGCUGCUCACCCGCAACAAGUUCAGAGUCGUCAUCUACCAGGGUGACACAGAGAUCCCUUCGGUGGCCGUCACCAAGUCUCCCAAAGGACCUGGCCUGGAGGGCCUGGAUAUCGAGCCAGACGCCUACGACGUCCCCGCCGACCUCUCCUCUGAUGAGGAGUACCUCAGCAUGGAAGAAGCGGACCCGUCACGAGCUGCUCGCCUCAAGAAGUCAGUCAUGAAGAGCACAGAAACACUGAAGGCUGCCUUCUCCAAGGAGAACAUGAGCAAAACCAAAGACACCCUGGGCACCAAGUUCCACCAUCUGGGCGAGAAGGUGAUGCCGCCCGAGCGGAGGGAGAAGAUGCACCAGGCUGGCGAGCGGCUGAAGCAGUCCGGCGAGCGGCUGAAGGAGAACAUCGCGAAGAAAGCUCCGAGCAAAGAGGCCUUCCGCAUCAAGCUGAAGAAGGAGAGAGCUGUCGGCGAGGGCCAGGAGGGCGCCGAGGUCGAGGCCGAACUCCAGGAAAACGUCAGCCAGCCAGAAGGGGGCGUCACCUACACUGAGGUCGCAUUGGAGAACAAGAGGGAGGGGCCUGUGGAGGAAGCCGGGGCCAUCCGGAUAGUAGAGGAAGAUCACAGGAAGUAGAUGAUAGGACGCGUCUGAAAACUUGUGAAGGCAGGGAGUUAGAGAGAAGGUCUGUGAUUGGAUGACAUCAAUGAAGGACAUUUUAUUUGUUUGACUGUUUUAUAAUGGAAGAAGUUUGUACUGACACCAGAAAAAUCAUCUGAAUAUCAACUGGUUAUUUAUAAAAAUCUGCUAAUUGAAGUCAUCAAGUGUCUGUGGUUUAAUUCAGCUGAUGCAUGGAGACAAACUCAGGUUUCUGGCUGUAGAGGAAAGUGUGAAAGGUGCAGAUGAGGCCGAGAAAGAUAGCAGAGGGAUGAACGGUGGAUAGAACUUAGAGACGGAUGAUGAAUGCUGAAGGUCUUGAUGUUUUUUUAUCUGGAUGUUCAUAUAUUCAAAUAUAUGUUGACAUAUGGAGAGGUGAAAAAUUCCUCAGCUGGUCUCUGAGAAGCCUGGUGAGAAAAGAAGCGAACACAGAGUCGAUGUCAGACUGGUUUCUGUGAGCAGAGGAAACCCUGUAGUGUUCCAGCAACAUCAGUGAGCACUGAUAGGCUGAUGGAGGCCACACUGGAAUCUAUGAAGCUGUUCAAUUUUCUUCCAGUCUGCACCAAAAUUGGCACCAGCGACCUUCAGACCAAGUCUCACAAAAAUAUAUUUUUGAACGUGUCAGCCAAUAAAAAACAUCCAGGAAGUUAGAUCUCAUUUUAGGAACUAUUUCAUGUAGCAAUAAUAUACACUUGUACAAUAAUACAAGUGUAUAUAAAAGAUGUCUGAAAAGUCAAGCCCACACAGAAGUGCCUUAAACCUACAUUCUUUGACCAGCAGGGGGCGACUCCUCUAGAAGUCAAUGGUCAAAAACGGCCCUCGAUUUCUGUGGUUUUGUAUCUCACUAAACUCUUUCCAGGUGACUUUAUCACUAAUGUUAGGUCAUAUUUAAUUAAACACUGGCAAUUAUUAAAGUCAGCAAGGAGCAUAAAUCAUAUAAAAAGAGUUUAAAUCCUUUUAAAAUUAAGUAAAAAUGUUAACAGAAAGUGAAGGCGCAGCAGCUUUAGAGUUAUGUCCAAGACAGGGCAUGGCUUUACUCUCACUGCAAAACUAUUACAUUACUUAGAAGUUGUCUUUCGAUGUAGCAGCAUAAAAUAAUUUCAAAGGUACCCAGAAAACCGUAAUGUGGGUGCAAUAUUUUAUGCUGAAAUGCUGCCACCUUGUGGUUCAAGUUUUCAUUCAAUUUUGCAUUCUGUUGUUACAGAAAGUACCUUUAAAUCUGAGGAUAAACUGGUUAAAGAUGCGUGUUGUGUUAGUUCUUUGUUUACAUCAGGUUAAAUAUUUAAACCAAGCGAUCCCUGUUUUCUGUGGCUGCAUCAUUCCAUCAAAAUCCAAAAUUCCUUGGGUAGCUUUUUGUCUGAUCUUCCUGCAGGAAGUCCACGAGAAAUUAAAUUCCUUUCUGUAAGUUUGAUUAAAGCUGCUGAACACACAGCUUUUAUAAAAUAUUCGCCCGGUGCAGCUUAAAAUGUAAUAGAAGAGCAGAUGCAGUAACUGGUGCUAAAACUAAUAUAAAAACUUUGCAUGAAGUUGAGAGUAGCUCAGCCCCUUCUAGCAGUGACAUUAGCCAGACUGUAAUUACUCGUCUGAAAUUGAAUGUGGUGGAUUUGAGGCAGUCUGAGUUCUGGUGUUGGUGGCUUCAAAGGUUUGUGGGAGAUUUUGGUGUAUGAAUGUUUUAUUUUUCUCUGCUUGAUAUUCAUGGGUUCUUUUGAAGUUCAGUGAGCACGCUGAGUUUAUUCUCCUGCAGUGAUUACUGAGGUCGCCGCCUUCAUCAGGAUCACAGGAUUUAAAGUUUUCGGCGCCUCAGUCAUCAGAUAUUCUUUAGAGGCUUUGCUUUCAAUAGUGCUGUCAUUAUACAUUAGUGCUGUGCCUUAUUUUGAAAAUACACUUCCUGUAUAUCUUACUUCUUAUGUUUCUCUGUUGCUGAGUGAGUUUAAUGCAGUGGGUCGUAUCUGGAGUCACUUCUUGUUUUUCUUUUUUUUCACUUCUGAUUACAGCUCAGCUUCCAUUUUUACAACAAUCAGCAACAACUGCUAAACGAUGAA